AUGCAAGACCACGCCCUGAUCGGCCAAGCCGCGAAGAUCGCCGUCCCCGCCCCCGAGCAAACCAUCUCCAUCAGCCCAGUGAUCCUCCCGGCCCCGAACCGCAUCAUCGACCUGCACAUGCGCAUCACCGCCCCAGCCACAGGCGACACUCAGCUGCCCAUCAUCCUCCUCUCGCACGGCCACGGCCAAUCGAACCACCUCUCGUCGCUGAACGGCUACGGCCCACUGGCCCACUUCUGGGCCGCGCGGGGCUUCAUCGUCCUGCAACCGACCCACCUAAGCUCCAAGUCCCUCAGCCUCGACUCCUCAGUCGAGGGCGCUCCCUUAUUCUGGCGCUCUCGCGUGGAAGACAUGAAACUCAUCCUCGACCACCUCACCCUUAUCGAGGACCUCGUCCCGCUCCUCAAGGGCAGACUGGACCACACCCGCAUCGCGGUAGCAGGCCACUCGAUGGGUUCGCACACGGCCGCCAUGCUCCUGGGGAUGCAGCUGACGGACCCAGCCGACGACAGCAUGGUCGACCUCUUCGACCCGCGCAUCCAAGCAGGGAUCCUGCUCACGCCCAUCGGGAACGGCGGCGACGCGCUCAGCCCCCAGGCAUACGAGAUGUACCCCUUCCUGCGCCAGCCGGACUUCGCGACGAUGCGCACCCCGGCGCUGGUGGCGGUUGGGGACGCCGACGCGUCGCCGCAUUUGACGGUGCGUGGGCCCGAGUGGCAUGCUGAUGCGUAUGUACAUAGUGCCGCGCCGAAGAGUCUGUUGACGAUUGUGGGGGCCACGCAUGGGUUGGGCGGGAUUGCUGGGUAUGAUGCUAAGGAGACGACGGAUGAGAGCGUGGAGUUGGUGGGCGUGGUCCAGCGGGUGACGUGGGCGUAUCUGCGGGCGAGGUUGUGUGGGGAGGAGGAGGGCUGGGAGGAGGUGGUUAGGGUUGUGGGAGGUGAGCUUAGGGGGUUGGCGAGGGUGGAGUCGAAGUGA